AUGCUCUUUAUCGGCACUAUCACACGCCUUAUCGAGGGCGACAGGUACAAACACAGCCACAAGCCCGCGGCCCAUCCUGUCCCCGUUGGCGUCUCCCUGCCACCACGACAUGCCCGUUGCAGCUGCCGCGACGGCAUCCUCUGCUCAGGAGGUUCCACUCAUAGCCGUGACGUCCGCAUUGUGGCCCCAGUGGUUGCGGCGGUGCCCGUCCUGUCCCACCACGACGCGAGGCGGGAGUGGAGGUACGAGCGGCGCGCCAUGAGGGACUUCCACCGGGCUGCGAAGCACGGCUAUGGCUACAGACAGCCCAUCACUGUCCCUUCUGCGACCAUCCAUGGCACCAGGCAACGCAGCUACAGCCCUGGCGACUAUGACGAGGGCUCGUCGGCCUCCCGGGCUCUGCCCGAUCCCCGGGGUGAGCACUGGGAGGAUGACUAUCCUGCAGCCCGAGCUGCCUUCGGGGAAAGCCGUAUUCACAAGGUCCAGCGCCAGGCACCGCCGCCAAGUUACGAGACUGGACUGACAGAGACGAGAUGA